AGUCCCCAGUAUUGUAGAAAAAACUAUAUACAUUAAAUUAUUAAUUAGUAUUCCAUUUUCCGGUUAAAUUUGGAACAAUUUCCACCGGUUCUGCUAGAACGGCAUGGGACGGAAAUGCAGCGUGCCAAAGUGUGGAUCCAACUACGAGAGCAGGUUGCGAAAGGGACGAAACGUAAUUAGCACUUUCAAAUUCCCCGAAGAUCCGGCUCUUCGCGACCGGUGGGUUGCGGCCGUAGGUAGACCCGAUAAAUGGCUACCGAAAAAAACGUCCUGCGUCUGUAUGAAUCACUUUAAACCGGAAGAUUUGGAAAAGCUAGCUAAACCGGCGAAGCUGAAACUAGACGCUGUACCAUCGCUCUUCGGAACAUCGGUAGCUCAAUAUGAACAACCGAAACAAGUGGUUGAUUCUCCGGAGGAAUUGAUUCUUGACUUCGAUAGUUUUUAUGCACUUAUCAUCGAGGAGGCGGACUUUGGAGGAUGGCAUUUCUAUCGGAUGAGAGAUGUUGUACAUUUCUAUAACGUUGAUGAUACAAAUCGGGAUAGUGCGAUUAAGAUAGUUAACAGUAUUCAAAUAUUUCCAGACAUGAAAGUGAGCUUGUUUGUGAGAGAUGUGAAGCAACCAGACGUAGCUCUUCGACGAGUGCUUGGAAGAGAUUUAAAACUAUGUCUAUGGUCACAGUUUGUGUCUUUACUGAAGAGAUACGAAUUUGGGCCUAUUUCGGUAGGAAGAGAUGAUCUAGAAAACGAAAACGGAAAACAUCUCAACCGAAACGACGAUGUUCAAAUGGUGAAUGUUAAAAGAGAAGCUUUAGAAGAAAACGACUCGCCUUGCGUAGAUACCGAUAGAACCGGUCAGCAAAAAGAUGACCAAAAUGAAACUAUGCUUGUAAUGGAUAUUGUAAAAGAGGAGACUAACUUAGUGUCAGAAAACGACAAUGAACAAGACACUGGUCAAUCUUCUGAAGAGCGACUCAACAUUCAUGAGACGAUGCGUAUUCUUACGGAAGCUAAGCACAAAUGCUUCAUUUGUGACAGAGAGCACGAAACGAAUGAGGAGUAUGAUUACCACCUAUCGCAACAUAAUGAUAUGCUUCCAUACCAAUGCGAACGAUGCGUCACGGAGAAGGUAGUCAUAAGAACACUGCCAUCCUUAAACAAGCACUUCAUGAUGCAUUUGAAACCUUUGAAGUGUCGGACCUGUGAUGCUCGAUUCUCCAGCUAUGGACCGAGAUUAAUACAUGAGAAAAACUAUCAUACCGUUAGCGAAUCAGUUUCCUGUGAAAUUUGUGGGGAAGUUGCUCUUUCACAACAGAGAUAUGACGAGCAUUUGAAGACACACACCGACCUUGAAGUAGUAACGUGCCGAACUUGUGAUAAACAGUGCAUCACGGCCUAUGAUCUUAACGUGCACAUGAAAUCCAUCCAUCCAAGUUCGGCUUCCUUCAACUACGAGGAGCUUUCUACAAUGGAUCCUAAUGUAACAUUCGAUGUUUCGCCUGAAUGUGCUAAUGAGAAACCCAAGAAGGAAUAUUUCUGCAUCGAAUGCAACAAAGCUUUGCCGAACCGAAACAGCUACUAUUCCCACAUGCAAAGUCACCGGAAGCAGUUCCAGUGCGGUUACUGUGGCGUGCGAAUUGCACGGUUGCGUGAUUUCCGGGACCACGAAAAUACUCAUACCGGUAAACGGCCGUACGAGUGCGAAAUCUGCAAGAUGAAGUUCAUGGCCUCUUCCACCUACUAUGGCCAUCGGGCGACGCAUAAGCGGGAGAAGAGAUUCGCCUGCGAAAUAUGUGGACGUACUUUCUCCAGGCUUCAGCACAUGGUCAGUCAUGCACAGACACAUGCUAAGAAAACGAUUCGCCGUCGAACGAAGGCGAAGGCAAAGGUGGUUUCAAUUGAAAAUGAUGAUCCAUCUGCUGGAAAGGAGGCCUCGACAAGUGGCAGCGCGGAAGAUGUUGCCGUAUCAGAUGUGAAAAACGAAAUGAACAAUUAA